AUGCCGGACAUUCCAGUUGGAUCCCAGAUCUUUGACCUCGCAUUUCAUCCCACGCACUCGACUGUAUAUACUGGCCUUCUUAAUGGAAAGGUCAAGGCCUUUCGGUAUGACGAACAAGGACAGCAUGAAGCAAGCUUCGUGUUAAGGCCUUCCAAGCGUUCUUGCCGUUGCUUGGAUACUAGCCAGGAUGGGUCUCGUCUUUGGGCAACUGGAAAGGCAAAAACUAUUUUCACAAUCGAUACAACCACUGGAACCGUCAGUGAGACGCGAAAAAAUGCCCACGAUUCCCCAGUGAAUCGCAUCAAACGUCUCAUGCCCCAGAUGUUAGGCACUGGUGAUGAUGACGGAGUAAUCAAGCUGUGGGACCCUCGAAAGUCUGAUCCCAUUCGAAGUUAUACCCAUCAUUAUGACUUCAUCUCUGAUUUCCUUUGGUUAGACGACAAGAAGCAACUCAUCACAACUAGCGGCGAUGGCACACUAUCAGUGAUUGAUGUACGUGGAAAGAAGCCGGAACCGGUGGCACAGUCCGAGGAUCAGGAGGAUGAGUUGCUCUCUAUUGUUGCUAUUCGAAGCGGGUCCAAAGUAGUAGUCGGCACACAGACGGGGAUUCUAUCCGUGUUUAAUCGUAGCCAUGGAUGGGGAGACUGUGUCGACAGAGUUCCUGGACACCCCCAGUCGAUCGAUGCUCUUUGUACGCUACCAUCGUCAUACCCGUCCUCUCACUCCACGAUCCUCACGGGAUCGUCUGACGGUCUUCUACGGGCCGUGCAGCUAUUUCCUACCAAGCUCCUUGGGGUUGUUGCUGACCACGGGUCUUUUCCCAUCGAAAGAAUUGCAGUCGAUCUCGGUGGGGAAGGAAGAUGGGUCGGCAGUGCAGGUCACGAUGACACACUCAAGAUGACAGAUCUCAGGGCCGUUUUUGAAGACGAAGAGGGUGAUGAGGCAGUUGAUGAAUCCGAAAAUGUACAAAUUGUCCAAGCCUCGGACAUAGACCCGCAGGAACCCGACGGAGCCGUUGUCGAGACCCAAGCACCUCCCGAGGGCACCGCAGCAGUAAUGGAGGCCUCUGACAGCGACGAGGACGUAGGGGACUCUCACUCCCCGAAGGAGAAAAAAAGAAAAUCAAAAAGCAGUAAAAAUGCAUUGGCAGGGAGGAGCAAAAAGGCGCGGAACCAGAUUGACGCGGACCCUUCCUUCUUCAAUGGCCUAUAA